AUGCAGGAAGCCCUGCAGGAAGCCCGACAGUCCCCACCAAAGCCAUCCAAUUUCUGCGUCGGCGCUCUGCUUGUGGACAUGGAUACAGGCGAAGUACUGUCACGUGGUUAUACAUUGGAAGUUGAGGGUAACACGCAUGCCGAGCAAUGUUGUCUCAUUAAGCUCGCACAAGCGUACCGCCUGCCCGAAGAGCGAGUUGGCGAGGUGCUACCGCCCAGUACCGCCAUCUACACCACCAUGGAACCCUGCAACAUGAGACUCAGCGGAAGUCUACCCUGUGUCGACAGGAUCAUCAGGACAAAGACCACGGAUGGCAAGACUGCCAUCAAGAAAGUUUAUCUUGGCGUCAAGGAACCAGAAAAGUUCGUCGGCGAAAAUCAAGGUCGGACUAAACUUGAAGAGCAUGGCAUUGAGUGUAUUCAUGUGCCCGGACUGGAAGAAGAGAUAUUGAAGGUUGCGACAGCUGGACACGAGAAAUGA